AUGCCUAUUUAUUUGAUCGCCGCUUGGUUGGUCGGUUGUGUUGAUCAGCUAGAUCUGUCAUUGCAUUGGAGGUAUUUGCGCUUGCAUCCGGCCUUUAUGAAAUGCAGCAGCGGGAUUAUGCAGUGUCAUUCAAAUCGUGGUGCGCAAAUGAUCCGCCUUGGCUGGCCCUUGUCUUGUCCACAAUGUGACAUCCGUUCUUUAAUCGCAGCGCCAACGGGGACAAGUUCAAUCGAUCCGGAGAUAGGACGCAGCCGCAAGGGUAUUUUCAACCCUAUUAUGUUAUAA